CCUUUUCGAGCCGCAUUGUCUUUGACGCCUACGCAAGACCUGAUUUCACAUUCAGCACCAUGUGUAAACACAUCCUCAACGCCCAAGUGUCUAUUCGCUCUGCUUGCUGUCGCAAGUGGUUUGACUGUGCCGAAUGUCACCAAGAACAGGAAACACAUGCGCUGACGAAGGCGCAAGAAAUGGUAUUUGCGUGCAAAAAGUGCAAAAAGUGUUUCCGCAAGGAUGCCGCCGAAUUUGAAGAGAAUGACGAGUACUGCCCCCACUGUGACAACCAUUUCGUUCUCGAGGCCUUGACACCACAGGCCAACUUGCACGUGGAAGGUGAAGAUGCACGCAUGGAUAGCCGAAUGCUCAAGGACGAGCGUGUGCGCGCCGAUCAAGAAAAAUCGAUUUUCACCUUCCGCGAUAUCUCCGAUCGUCUUGGCUAGAGAGGAAAAUCUCCGGUGUGGUUUCAAUUUCAUGAUGUUGACGAUAUGAUGCUUUUCUACUAUAAAUCCCUUCCAGCGGGCCAAUCCUUGGUGAUAGACCAACUCCCCCUUCCCUAGCAUCAAUACCCUGCAUAUUCUC